AUGGUUUUAGUCAUUGUUUCAAUUGGGUUUAUAUGGGCGGGUCGGGUUCAAAAUUCUGAACCGCGGGUACCCAAACCCGCCCAAUUGAGAUACCCUCCUAGGGUUUUCCAGCAGCUCAUUCUGUUCUCUCACUCACCUGUUCUCUCACUCAUUUCGCUCAUUCAUUUCAUUUCUCUCUCAACUGCAUUGCAGAUACUAGGUGGUUUGGCUUGGAGUUCUACCAACAAGGCUCUCAUCUUCAAUGGUUCUGUUACAUAUGUUUUUGUGUUAAAGUUGGAGGUUUUGGACCUUAGCAGAAAUCAAUUUCAAGGUCACAUUUCUCAGGUAAACUACUACAAUUGGUAUCAUUUAGUUUAUCUUGAUUUUGGAGUUUUAUACGCAUUAUUCUGAAUUGUUCUUUAUUCUCUGCA